UCGGGACCUUAAAGCGGAAAGCCAUUUACACCGGAGCUUUGGACAGAUUUGUUUUGCGGCCCCACGUGAUCCGGCGGAGACAGACGAGGGUGAACAUCGCAAAAUGGUCCCAAGAAGAUGGAAGGUGCUGCCCGGGAGCGAGGCCCAACCCCCACCCAGCAGGCAGGUUAAACCUGAGGAGGGCCUGGAGAUUAAGGUGAAGGAGGAGGCCCAGGAGUUUGAGAUCAAGGUGGAGGAGGAGGAGGAGGAGGUCCAGGCCCAGGAGGUUGUAGUCAAGGAGGAGGCCCAGGAGUUUGAGAUCAAGGUGGAGGUGGAGGAGGCCCAGGCCCAGGCCGCGGAGAUUGAGGUCCAGGUGGAGGACGAGGAGGGGCAGGAGAUUGAGAAUCUUCGCAAAAAUGACAAGAGGGGUGAGAGAGGACUGGCAUCAACACAUCAAGACAGCCUCCCAAAACACCCAUAUUCGACAAGACAUUGCAAUAACAGAAGACCCGUCAGAACUGUGAAAAUGUCAGAAAGAGCUGCAGAUUCCCCUAUGGAUAACAGGGAGAAGCCGAAAAGGAAAACAUUAUCGAUAGCACAGAAAAUAGAGUUAUUGCAGAAGCUUGAUCGUGGUGUAUCUGUGCGGCAUCUUACUGAAGAUUAUGGUGUGGGAACUACCACCAUACACGACCUAAAGAAACAGAAACAUAAGUUGUUGAAGUUUUACAGUGAAAGUGAUGACCAGAAACUAAUGAAAUAUAGGAAAACGCUGCAUAGGGCUAAAAACGAAGAUCUUGACCGUGUGGUGAUGGAGUGGAUUCGACAACGAAGAAGUGAGCGUAUGCCACUGACUGGUUUAAUGGUAAUGAAACAAGCUAGAAAAUACCAUGAAGAACUGAACAUUGGAGGCGAGUGUGAAUAUUCAGAAGGUUGGCUGCAGAAAUUUAAGAAGCGUCAUGGUAUAAAAUAUCUGAAAAUCUGUGGUGUAAAAGCUUCUGCUGCUUAUGAUGCAGCUGAACGUUACAUUGAUGAAUUUGCCAAGAUGGUAUCUGAUGAAAAGCUUAGUCCGGAGCAAAUAUACAAUGCUGAUGAAACAGCUCUCUACUGGCGCUACGUCCCUAGAAAAACAUUAACAACGGCUGAUGAAAGAGCACCAUCAGGCUUCAAGGACGCUAAGGACAGGGUGACUGUUCUUGGGUGUGUAAAUGCUGCAAGCACACACAUGUUAAAGUUGGCAGUGCUUGGAAAAAGCAAACGUCCAAGAUGUUUUAAAGGUGUAACAAAUCUACCUGUGCAUUAUUAUGCAAACAAGAAUGCAUGGGUAACCAGAGAAAUGUUUACCAAUUGGUUCAAUAACCAUUUCGUACCAGCUGCACGAGCUCAUUGUAGGAAAGCUGGACUGGUAGAAAACUGCAAAAUUGUAUUGCUCCUAGACAACUGUUCCGCACAUCCCCCUGCUGAAGUUCUUGUGAAAAAUAAUGUUUUUGGCAUUUAUCUUCCCCCCAAUGUGACAUCUUUAAUACAGCCUUGUGACCAAGGAAUUUUGCGCUCAAUGAAGACAAUGUAUAAAGACUUUUUUCUGAACUGCAUGCUUGCUGCAGUCAACAGAGGCGUAGAUAUCAAAGACUUCCUGAAAGAGUUCACUCUUAAGGAUGCCAUUUAUGCACUUGUUAAUGCUUGGAAAGAUGUAACUAAAUCAACAUUAAAAAAUGCAUGGCACAAACUUUGGCCUGCAACAAUGUUCGAUGAAAAUGAGCCUUCAGAUGAAGACUUUGAAGGAUUCCGUGUCACUGACGAGAAGAAGAUGAUAUCAAACCUCAUUGCUUAUGCCAAAAGUGUUGCAACAGAAAAUGUAAAUACGUUAGAGUCAGCUGAUAUCGAAGAAGUGCUGAAUGUUGACAAUGACGCACCUGUUGUGCAUUCCUUGAGUGAUGGAGAAAUUGCUGAAAUGGUGUUAGAUAACAAUAAGCAUGAGGAUAGCACAGGUAGUGAUGAGGAUGAUGACAUUGUGGACACAGGUGAAAAAAUGCCCAUAGAUGAUAUGGUAAAACUGUGUGAUCAGUUAAUUGGUGGCAUGGAACAACGUACAUUUAUCAGUGCCCAUGAGAUUAUGGCAGUUUAUUCAAUCAAAGAGAGACUGCUUAGACAGAAACCUCCGUUAAUGAGACAGAUGACACUGGAGGAAGUCUUUAAGCCCGAGAACGAUGGUCACGAUGGGAACGAUGGGAAGCACGAAGAUGAUGGUCACCAUAAUAACGAUGACGACAUUGAUGUUUCUCCAGGAUCCUCAAAAUAGUUGUUUUGUGCUUUUACUGCAUAUGCCUCAGAAGAAGAAAUGCAUAAUUGCCAAACCAAAUGUCCAGCCUGGCAAAGCUAGAGCUUACCUUGAAGUGAAUUUCUCUGUCCUGCCCGAGUCUAAGAGGGAUCUUAAAAAUGGACACAUCUUUUACUUGUACACCUCGUUUGGUAAAAGUCUGUCUGAAACUGAGGGACGGCUGAGUUCACAUUUCUCUUUGUCGGAUGAAGAAGGCUAUUCAUUUGGUGCUGUUAACUCAAGGGUGAGGGGUCUUGUUAACCGGAGGGCUUUGUUUAAGUUUAAAAAACUCUGCAAUCCCAAGGAACUUGGAACAUUUAUGAAAAUUUGUGAUGGAACUUUUAAACUUCCAGAAGGCAGUCAACACAUUUCUUUAGAUGACAUUCCACUGCCUGGUGCUCAAGAUCCUGAAUCCUUGACAUCUGCCGAAAUCCAAGUGCCCAUAUUUCAAGACACUGAGGACAUGGGCGAUGACAGUCACAGUCUGCAUCCUCCACUGAAUCUAGCUGCUGCCUCACCUGAAUCAAGUCUCACACUAAGGGAACAGAAAAUGAAGAAAAGACUAAACUUUAUGUCUAGAUCCAAGGUCGUUCUUACACGAAAGUAUCACACAAGGGUCAGUGAACUUAGGGCACAGUUGAAAACUCCUAAACAUGUAGUUAAUCAAGCCUUAGAGAUAAAGCAAAACCGAAUAGAUUUGAAGGACAGAAAGAUUCAGGAACUCAAAACCAAAUUACGUGGGACUACUUUGGCACGAGAGCUUGCUGAAACCAAGGCAGAGUUUUUGAAACUUAAAAAAGCACACAGAGAAUUGCUCAAGUUUCGUGGCAGUAAGGGAAAGGGAGAAACUGUUUCAAUUCAUCAGUACAGAAAAGUUCAGGAAAAACUAAAGGACAGGGAAGAGGAUGUGAAACUCCUCAAAUUUGACAAUAUUGUCCUCAAAGAAGCAAUCGAAACUCUGGAGGCAACAUUACAAAUUGACUGAAUGUUCAAGAAGGAUCUGCAGAUGCUGGAAAAUCAAAGGUAGACAAAAAUGCUGGAGAAACUCAGCGGGUAUAGUUAUCCCUGAAAUUCAGGGAAAACGACACCAUAGAUGCCUUGUCCAUGGCCCGAAGCUUCUCUCAGCCGGUAAUUAUAUUUUAUUCACAUUUUGUGGAAUUUUGGAAACAUUUGAUUUUAAUAUCUGACCUUAAAAUUAAUAUUUUUGUCUGAAAUAUUGACAAUGAAUUCAUUGCUGUUGCAGGCUCUGCAGCACAAGGCAUUCUUGGGCCACGCACAUAUGGGACUGAUGGUGUUAAGGUUCGUUUUUACUUCAAACAGACAACAACACAAAAAUUAGUGAUAAAGCAUUAAACUCUUUAUUUCGCCAGGUGGGUGUGGCUGUAAACUCUUACUGUAUGUAAAAUACAGACUAUAGGUUCACUCUAUCCCCACACACAGAGGCAAUGUUCAAUCAGAUAUAUUUAUACCCCGAUAAUCAGCAAUUCAGCAAUACUUUACCUUACAGAGCAUCUAGACCACCAGGGGCGCCGGGGACAUGGCCAGCACUGCCGGCACUGCUCGUUUUUUCAUCUUUUGUUAUUUUUAACGUCUGUUAAGAGUUUGUUUUAAUGUACUUCAGUUUGUUUUAUGGGGGGGGGGGAUCAGGGGAAACGUUUUAUCAAGUUCAUACCUUCCCGGAGAUGUGAUCACUUUUCGGAUCACAUUCGCCGGGCUCUGCGGUCUACCAUCGGUGGAGCUGGGACCGCCUCGGAGUGUCGUGAGCCCCACACUGCACGGACUUAACAUCGGAGUGGAACCCUUGCCUUGGAUCGUUCCAACCGCAGCCUGCAGACUUACCAUCAAGGAGUCACUGUGGUAGAUGUUCACGUUAAAAUGUGUUUUUGACUCUGUUGCUUUUAAUUGUUUGACUGACCUGGCCAGUGAAAUUCCUCGUCUGUUGUAAAACAUAAAUGGCGAAUAAAGUCUGAUUCUGAUUAUGA